GGACAAACGAGAGACACAAUGUUGGAUCAAUUGAGGAGAUUGGUGAACGGGUCGAGUAAUGGCGGACAGACGGACGGCAUUCCGCCUUCGGGUCACGUCAGGCAGAGCAGGAAUCAUCACCAUCCUUCUUCCGGCGGAUCUACACGGUCCGGAUCGUUGAGCAGGUUGACGGCUUAUGCCCUGCAUCCUCAGCAUGCGGGUCGAAUGCGGAUGCAGCUUUCUUACAACGUUGUGCCAGUUUCGUACGUGGCGCCGCCGCAUCCUGUGGCCGUGGCGUACGGCCGGAAUGGGCGGACGGCCGUCGUCGGUUACGACCCUUGGUUUCAGCUGAGGUAUCCGCAACAACAACAACAACAACCUCGGACGCCAGUCUGCCGUCAAGGGUCCACCCGCCCCGAUCUUGCCCCGCCGCCAGCGCCACCUUUGUCCAACCAUUCCAGCGGCAAAAAGAAGAAACAACCGGAAUCGUCCAAAGAGCGGAACAAGGAAGAAUUCCGGCAUCCGACCAUCCGCAGGGAGACGGUCGUGCCUAACAAUCGACAUCGGUUAGUGCCCAGUCGGAGUCUGGACAGCAUCCAUCCGCACCGCAUCCAUCCACACCAUCGAUCGUCGCCGGACAAGCAAAUCUCGGCGGAUGUGGAAGCCAAAUCGUCCGGCCAAAAGGUCAAAGAUUUCUUCCAGCGGGUGAAGGAUAGCGUGUCGAAUGCCGGGACGGCCAUCAACGGCCACCAGCCGGCCAAUCGCGAUGGGGGAGGGCACGGCCAUCGGACGGACGAGUGGCUUUUACUGCGGCCCAGCGUCAACGCCAACAGUUCGAAACCGAUGCCGCAUCCGCCUCAUCGUCCGACCACGCCCGGAAUGACGGCCUUUCGUAAGAUCUUUUCUCGUUCGCCCAGUCCCACGGCCGGACCGACGUCUGGCGCAACCAAGAAGCCUCUCUCCUCGACGAAAUCCUUGUUCCAGCAAAUCAUACGGCCUCGCAGCCGUUCCGUUUCGAGCACGGCCAGCCUUUCGAUUCAGUCGCACUCGACGGCCCAUUCCAAUGGCGGCGCUAUCCGCAAUUUCAGAUUAUCCAAAGAGAAAUCAAAGACAGAUCUCAACAUUGUGCACCGCAACGACGCCGGAUCGAUACAGCGAGGCCAUCCGGAUGGAGCAACCUUUCCCAGAGAUUCGCCCGUCCAUCAAAGCGGAACGGCCGAGCCGUCCGAAUUGCUCAUUUACGCGCCAGCCAGCGAGCCCAGCAAACCGUCCUCGUCGAUGAUGACGAUGAACAACAACAACAACAACAACAAUCCAUCGAAACGGACGAAAUUCGUCAAGAAAGUGGAACAGCCGGCGGCCGGAUUUCGUGUCAAACGACGUCAAUCUCAAUUGAGGCGAUCGGAGAGGAAGCGUCGCAGCAGUCGUCGUCGUUCCGGCCGUAAAAAGAGGAACAGCUCGGGCCAUAGCGGCAAGAAGCUGGGCAGCAGCAAAGGCUCCCAGCUGGGCAGUCAGUCAGCGCUGAGUGGCGCUAAAUUAGUCUCUGACUGGACCUAUCUACCUCUGCCUACCUCGUUCGUUCCGGUGGAAGGAGCCAAACGGGCCGCUGUGGCGCCACCGUCGGCCGUCGAAACGGUGCCAACGAAACGUGACAUGGUCAAAUCGGAAGGGAUUGAGACGUCGCGUACGAACGACGAUGAUUGGGAAUCGGAUUUGUAUCAAGCGCUGGUGGAUCGCGGACAGCCGCGACGCAACGGCCCUUUGCCGCCGCCGAUGUGGGACCCGUUGAUCUUCAUCCCGCCCGAGCGACGCCGUUCGUCAGCCACGACGGUGGUCGCCUUGAACGAGUCGGCCAUCUUGACGGACCAACAGCCUUGGAUCCGCUCGUCCAAACUGCGAGCCGAUGGCAAGAAACAGCUGAAACGCACCAAUCCGACGCUGUCGCCACCGACGCUCUCUCCAUCUUCAUCACGAUCCACUAGUGGAGACAUCACGCAAAAAGGUUACGAAAAGAAACGGUCCCGGCUGCUGGCCCCUUACCUUCCCAAACCGACAUCGUCGUCCGUGUCAUCGCUAUCGUCAACCGCCGCUGGAAUUGAACAACAGUUGAGUGGUGGGGAUGCUGCUGGCCAAGAUGAUGGGGCUGCUGGAAUGGCUGGGACGAGUCCGUCGGCUGAUGAAGGAGGAUCGAGGGAGCGGAGGAGAGCGCACCGGAAAGCGACGCGCCAUGAAAGUCGCUACCACUCUGAGGUCCGCCAAGAGGCCGUCCAGCAAGUGCUGGCCGCUAUGCAAAGUCGCCCGAAACCAUCGAUGCCGAUGCCGAGUAAAAGGACGUCGACGGUCAUGGGCCCCGAUCAGCAACACCAACAGAUGGUGAUGAUGCAACAACAGCAGCAGCAGCAAGUCCAGCAGCAACAACAACAACAACAACAUGGCCAGUCAACGAGAGGGUCGCUAGAUGGCAGCAGCAGCGGCAGCAGCAGCGAAGACGACGAUGUCGAGGACGAGGUGGACGACGACGACGACGAUGAAGAGGACGACUGUCAUCCGCCACCGUCUCGACAACAUCAAGGCCCGGCAAGUGGAGCGGUGCCGGUCGCAUCGGUCGGGACUCCCGAACGAACUCACAGAAUGCACGUGAUGGGGCAAUCGUCGGCUGGCCAGCAUUCGCCGUUGCAACAUCAAACGUCCGAUGCGGGCAGUAGCCACAGCGCCGGAUCGACGCGCAACGUCACGCCUCCGCUUUCCAUCCAGCAAGGCAGACCACUUCCGGCACUGCCCGUCUCAUCACCUCCGCCACCUCAACUGCCUCCGAGGGAGGCUGGCCUUGCAUCGCACGCCAUCUUGAGCCGGGUGGGCAACGGUGGCACGCCGACCGGUUCCAACGCGUGGAUGAUGCAGCAGCCGCCGCUGCCGCCGCCCGGCAGGCCGGCCGCUCCUCUGCCGCCAGUGUCCACCACCAACUUUGACGAUGACUGGGAGAACAGCAGCAACGACAGCAACGACCUGCAGCGACGCAGAGUGCAAGCGCAGCAGCAGCAGCACCGCGGCGGCCUGCCGGCCGACCUCAACGACCUGACGGACGCCAUGUCCGCUUUCCAUCCGUAUGCUCAACCGCCGGACGUGACCAACAACACGAAUCAAAUCAGGAGGACGGCCACGGCGGCCGCGGCCGACAGGCUGGGCCGUUACGGCAUCAUUGGCGGCUCUUCGGCCACGCCGUCCUCGAACGCUUCGACGACGCCGAUGCAGACUCAGGCGCCACAGGCCGGCACUUCGUCCACAUCGCUGGACGACACGACGGGCACGUUAAACAGCUUGAACGGCCGCUGGAAAGUCUCAGCCAAGAUCCAGCAGCUGCUCAACACGCUCAAGAGGCCCAAGCGUCGUCCGCUGCCCGAAUUCUACGAAGAUGACGACAUCGAACUGGAACUGGCGGCCAAUCCCAAGGACCCGAACGCGCCGAAACCCGAAGGCGGGCCUAUGACGCCUGCCCUCGGCGAUCAACUCAUCAUCCCGUCGGGUCUGCCAAGGUCACUGGAGUUGGCCGUCCAGCGCUACGGCUCGUCCAGCUAUAAAGCCGCCGCCGCCACCGUCCUCGACCCCAACGGCAAAAUGUUCACCACUUUGACUUACGGCAAAUUGCAGAGCCGUUCUUACAAGAUCGCCUACGCUCUCUUGAACAAGUUGAGCAAGCACAGCAGCGGCGGAGUCGGCGGACUGGAAGCGCUGGGCAGCGUCAAGCCGGGCGAUCGAGUGGCCCUAGUGUUCCCCAACUGCGACUCGAUCGGAUUCAUCUGCGCCUUUUACGGCUGCCUGCACGCAGGUGUUGUGCCGGUGCCGAUCGAAGUGCCGCUGACGAGGCGAGAUGCUGGCUCGCAGCAGAUCGGCUUCCUGCUGGGCUCGUGCGGCGUUGCCGUCGCCCUCACCUCGGAUAUUUGCCUCAAGGGAUUGCCCAAAACGGCUGCUGGGGAAGUCAUCGCUUUCAAAGGAUGGCCCAAACUCCACUGGUGUGUUACCGACCACCUCAUCAAGCCGCCCAAAGAUUGGCAGCCGCCACCCAAACUCCAGGACGAUACGCCCGCCUACAUCGAGUAUAAAACGGAUAAGGAAGGAUCGGUGAUGGGAGUCACUAUUACCCGAUCGGCCAUGUUGUCCCAUUGUCGAGCUUUAACGGCCGCUUGCUCCUACACCGAGGGCGAAGUCAUCGUUUGCGUCCUGGAUUUCAAGAGGGAAGUUGGAUUGUGGCACGCUGUGCUGACGGCCGUUCUCAACGGCAUGCACGCCAUCUUCAUUCCGUACGCGCUGAUGAAAACCAAUCCGGCGUCCUGGAUGCAAAUGAUCACCAAAUACAAAGCCAGUCUGGCCGUCGUGAAAUCGCGCGACCUACAUUGGGGCCUGCUGGCCACGCGGGACCACCGCGACAUCAAUCUCUCUUCGCUGCGAAUGCUAUUGGUCGCCGACGGAGCCAAUCCGUGGUCGCUGUCGUCUUGCGAUCAAUUCUUGGCCGUCUUUCAAAGCAAAGGCCUCCGGGCCGACGCCGUUUGCCCUUGCGCCGCUUCCAGUGAAGUCCUGACCGUCUCUUUCCGCCGUCCCGGCCGCUCAGGAGCCAACGCUACCGGCCGUGGAAUUCUCUCUAUGCAAGGUCUCAGCUACGGCGUCGUGCGCGUCGAUCAGGAGAACUCUUUGACGUCGCUAACCCUACAGGAUUGCGGGCACGUGAUGCCCGGAGCAGCUAUGGUUGUGGUCAAGAUGGAAGGUCCGCCUUUCUUGUGCAAGACGGACGAGGUCGGUGAAAUUUGUGUCGGGAGCGCGUCCGGCGGCGCCCACUAUUGGGGUCUGAAGGGAAUGUCGAACGCCACAUUCCGCGUACAGCCGCUCUUGCCAUCCGGCGACGCCAUGAGCGCCGAAACGGAAUUUAUCCGCAGCGGCCUCCUCGGUUUCCUCGGCCCUGGCGGUCUUGUCUUUGUUUGCGGCUCUCGCGACGGCCUCAUGACCGUCACCGGCCGUAAGCACAACACGGACGAUAUCAUCGCCACGGUGCUGGCCGUCGAGCCGAUGAAAUUCAUCUAUCGCGGCCGCAUUGCCGUCUUCAGCAUCCGAGUUUUGAGAGACGAACGGAUCUGCGUCAUCGCCGAACAGCGGCCCGACUGCUCCGAAGAAGAGAGUUUUCAGUGGAUGUCGCGUGUCCUCCAGGCCGUCGACUCGAUCCAUCAAGUGGGCAUCUACUGUCUGGCCCUGGUUCCACCCAAUUCACUUCCAAAGACGCCAUUGGGCGGAAUCCACUUGUCGGAAACACGACGCCGUUUUAUGGAAGGUUCUCUUCAUCCGGCUAACGUACUGAUGUGUCCUCACACUUGCGUCACCAACUUGCCGAAACCCCGCGAAGUCCAUCAAGAUAUCGGCCCGGCGUCGGUUAUGGUAGGGAACAUCGUCCAGGGUAAUCGCUUGGCGGCCGCCCAGGGAAGGGAGCUCCGCUUUGGCGACGACGAGGCUAAUCCCGCCAAUAAGUACCGUUACAUUUCGGAGAUCUUGCAGUGGCGCUCGCAGCGCACAUCCGAUCACGUCCUGUUCACCUUGCUGGGAGCCAAAGGGACGCCGACGGGCACUCUGUCGUGCGCCCAGCUACACAAAAGGGCUGAAAGGGUGGCCUGCACUCUGGUGGAGCGCGGACGCAUCAACAGCGGCGACCACGUCGCCCUCAUCUAUCCGCCCGGAUUGGAUCUGGUCUGCGCCUUCUACGGGUGCCUCUACGUCGGCGCCGUGCCCGUCACCAUCCGCCCGCCGCACCCCCAAAAUCUUCCGACGACGCUGCCAACUGUCCGGAUGAUUGUGGACGUCAGCAAAGCGUCCGUCAUCUUAUCCAACGCCAAUGUCAUCAAGUUGCUCAAAUCGAAAGAGGCCGGCAGCGUGAUGGAUGUGCGCGCCUGGCCGCCCACCCUCGAUACCGACGACAUGGCCAAGAAGAAGUUGAGCAGUUUCUACAGGGCGCCCACCGCCGAAAUGUUGGCUUAUCUCGAUUUCAGCGUGUCGACGACGGGCAUGCUGGCCGGCAUCAAAAUGUCUCACGCCGCUACGACGGCCCUUUGCCGAUCCAUGAAACAGGCCUGCGAGCUUUAUCCUUCGAGACACGUGGCACUCUGUCUCGAUCCAUACUGCGGACUCGGAUUCGCCCUUUGGUGCCUGUCGAGCGUCUAUUCUGGUCAUCAUUCGAUAUUGAUUCCGCCGUCGGAGGUGGAGGUCAACCCGGCUAUCUGGCUCUCCAUCGUUAGCCAGUACAAAGUCCGCGACACCUUCUGCUCUUAUGGCGUCAUGGAACUGUGCACCAAAGGAUUGGCCUCGUCCGUCGGACUGCUCAAGCAGCGCGGCGUGAAUUUGGCUUGUGUCCGCACCUGCGUUGUUGUCGCUGAAGAACGGCCCAGAGUCCACCUAUCAACGAGCUUUUCCAAACUCUUUUCCGGAUUGGGUUUGUCGCCCAGGGCCGUCUCUACCAGCUUCGGAUGUCGCAUCAAUGUCGCCAUUUGUUUGCAGGGAGCGUCCAGCCCGGAUCCUUCGACAGUCUACGUCGAUCUGAGAGCUUUGCGUAACGAUCGAGUGACGCUGGUGGAACGCGGCGCCCCACAUAGUCUCUGUUUGACCGAGUCGGGCAAACUGCUGCCUGGUGUCAAAGUCAUCAUCGCCAAUCCCGAUACUAAAGGCCAGUGCGGCGAUUCUCACCUGGGAGAAAUUUGGGUCCAGGCACCUCACAACGCUUCAGGUUAUUUUACUCUCUACGGCGACGAUGCCGGCGCUGGAGCCGCUUCCGUCGACCAUUUCAACUCUCGACUUGUUACCGGCCACACCGGAGAAGCAUAUGCAAGGACGGGCUAUCUAGGGUUCUUAAGGAGGACCGAAAGUGUGCAAUCUGAUGGAGAACUUCACGAUGCCGUCUUUGUUGUUGGUGCCCUGGAAGAAACGGUCGUUUUGCGAGGGAUGCGUUACCAUCCGAUCGACAUAGAAAACACGGUGAUGCGAUGCCACCAAAAGAUCGCUGAAUGUGCCGUGUUCACGUGGACCAACUUGUUGGUCGUCGUUGUCGAACUGGAAGGGACGGAAUCGGAAGCACUCGACCUCGUUCCUCUGGUCACGUCCUCCGUCCUGGAGGAACAUCAGCUGAUUGGCGUUGUCGUCGUCGUAGAUCCGGGCGUCGUGCCCAUCAACUCACGCGGCGAGAAACAGCGCAUGCAUUUGAGGGACGGAUUCCUGGCCGACCAACUCGAUCCCAUCUACGUCGCCUACAACAUGUAGUUUGUUUCUUUUUUUAAGUAGUUUCAAACAUAAAAGAAGAGCUGCAGCUACUCUGUGUGUUUUUUUUUCUUUGAUUUGUUUUUGUUUCUCGUAAAAGGCAAAGAAAAAAGAAAAAAAAAGAAACUAUUUGAUCUGUAUGUGUUUUGCCAGUGUGUGUGUGUGUGUGUGUUGGAAAUGUUUUGUUUUCGUUGCACAGUCUGUCACAUCCAUCACAUUUCUUUAUCUUUUUCAGGGUGGGAAAAGUACAGCGAAGUUAAACAUUUGAAAAGAAAAUGGGGGGCAUUUAGACUCACAUGAAAGAAUAGUCCUUAUCUUAGUUUUCGAACAUGUACCACAUUUUGGGUUGUACAUAUUAUUUGUUUUCUUAAAACUCUUCUGGCCAGCAGCUUAUUCUUUAUCAGUUAUUUUUCACACGUACACAAGUCAAUUUUUUUGUUCCCUCCUCACUCCUUUUCUGUGUUUACAUUCAAUUUUAUUUCUUUUUCUUACCCAGGUUAUGUAGAGAAAUCCUUUACUAUACGCUUUACUGCUACUACUACAAUAUCUUCUUCAUUUCCAGUUUUCUCCCUUUAUUUUUGAUUGGACACGUCUUUGUUUUGGAUAUUCAAAAAAUUAUUGUCAUAUUCCUUCCCUCCGAAUACGAGAAUGUGUGUAGUACCGGUUUACGUAUGUGGUUUUGUUUCUUUUUAUUGCUGAAUCAAAUCUUAUUCUAUACCUCUUUCCAUCUUUAUUCCUUCCCCAAAACAUUUUCCUAGCACUUUGUCGACACGAUCUGUAACGUCUCAUUCAUUUUUUUUUUCUGUUUGUGUGUGUGUUUUACACGCAAAACGUCUUUUCGAGGGCUGCUGAGAGGCUGAUUAUGUGUUGGUGAUGUGUGCCGUGUGUGUAUUUUGGACAUAACGUACGUGCGUGUUUGUAUUUUCUAUUAUCAUGAUCAUUAUUAUUUACUACA